AGUCGGUCUCUUCACGCACUCAAUAAGCCGAGCAUCAUCCAUCCAAUCCAUUCCAAUUUCUUUACAGAGAAUCGAAGAAGAAGCUUGAUUCUCUCUCUUUUUUUAAAAAAAAAUAAUUGGGAUUCUGCUCUUCAUCAAUCCAUCCUCAGCUCCCAAAGAAAGAGACAAGAAGAGGAAACCACCUCUCUAUCUCUUCUUCUUACAGCUUUGCAGGUGCCCCCCGCAAUGUCGACUCCUGCACGGAAGAGAUUGAUGAGAGAUUUUAAGAGGUUGCAGCAAGACCCGCCUGCAGGCAUCAGUGGAGCACCUCAAGAUAACAACAUAAUGCUUUGGAAUGCUGUGAUUUUUGGUCCUGAUGACACUCCAUGGGAUGGAGGCACAUUUAAAUUGGCUCUUCAUUUUUCCGAGGAUUAUCCAAACAAACCACCCACAGUGCGAUUUGUUUCUCGAAUGUUUCAUCCAAACAUUUAUGCAGAUGGAAGUAUCUGUUUGGAUAUUUUACAGAAUCAGUGGAGUCCUAUAUAUGAUGUGGCAGCUAUACUCACAUCUAUACAGUCGUUGCUCUGUGACCCCAACCCCAAUUCUCCUGCAAAUUCAGAAGCUGCUAGGAUGUUCAGUGAAAACAAGCGGGAGUACAACCGGAGAGUGAGGGAAAUUGUUGAGCAGAGCUGGACGGCAGACUAAAACUCCAGAUGCUGCUCUGUUAAGGCAGUCCAAGUCUGAAGGUUUCAAGGCAGGUCUUCAGUAACAUGGCCGCUGUUAAGAAUUGUGUUAUCUUAUCGACUUUUAUCCUGUAUCCCUCUUGGCUUUCGUCCCUAUUUCAAGUGCACUGUACCUUGGUGUCGCUAUCUCCGUUGCAUGCUUUUAUGCCUUGGUAAAAAAAAAAAAACAAAGAAAUUUGUGUAUCAA